AGAAACUGUAAAACAAAGCUCGAUCCUUGUGGGAGGAUCAACAAAAUAGGACCACAGAAAUUGUGGCAAGCAAGAAUGAUCAAAGUGUGUCAUAAGAAAAAGAACAUGAACAUGCCAUAAGCUCGCAUUUUUCGCUCCAUCUUCCGAAAGGUCCAACGAUCUAUUCACCUUCACGACAGCUGUACAAAGAAACAGGCGGAAUAUGUAAAGACGCAUAAAGCGCACACCACUUCUUACUGCCGAUCCAGAAGCUGCUGAAGCGUUUCUUGCGUAGCUGCACAAUCAGGAACGAGCAAGGUUUCGGGCGUCCGGUUUGGAACCACGUUGCGGGCUUGGGUAGCUACCUACCUAGUAAGCGGUCGAGGUCGUGUGCCAUUCAGAAGAGUAAUCGGGAAGGAUGGCGUAUUUUUGGAGGGAUAACCCAGAGCCGAGCAGGCCGAGCACUGCUUCAUCACAGCAGGGAAACCUCUAUUACCAAGAACCAUCACAGGAGACCGAUGUACUACUAUUUUUUAACUAAAUAUUGACUCCUGUUCGCAGUGCUUUUUUUUUCCGAGCGAAUACCCUGCAAAAAUCUAUGACUAAAGAAAAGAUGAUUUUUCGCCUGAAUUAGGUCCCACGAAGACUAUCAAAAAAGCGGGUCGACCGGAGCUCGUUCGAGGGACAUGCCGGACAGCCUGUGAAGGCGCACGAGUUCAGUGCUCGCUUCGAACGUGAGGGAUUUCACAAGCGAGGUUCCGAAAGCCCACCAACGACGCAGAUGCAUGGAGGGGCAGUGCAUAGACCAGUGGAAGUCGAGCAAAGUAUUCUUUCACACUCCUGAUUAUGCUUUUCGUGUUUGCACCUACCUACAGCCAUGAUUUUCCGCUGUGCUUGAUUGUGAAACCUGCACACACGGUGUGAACUUUCACAUUGAGAUAUCUAUCCAACAACUAUGUUGAAGCUACAUCGUUCCUUUUCUUUUUCCAGAAAAGAUGCUUGCGCAUGGGGUGAGCCGCUACGGUGGAGUACCUAUGGGGGUCGGGGGUGACGAUCUUAUACAGACCGACGCGAGUCGACUACGAAAGCCAUACUUUGACCAUCACAAACAGAAGAUGGUUUAUCCGGGAGAAGAAAUCGGCUAUGACGGCAAUAUCGGCUACGGAAAACGGCACGGCUACGAAAGGGUAAUGUCAUUAUCCAUGAUAAUGUACCUACACCGGCACCGCCGCGCAAUGACAAGCGCAUUUUCAUUUACUAGUCCUUCUUGCACUGUAAAAUACAGAAAAGCAUUAAGAAUUGAAAGAAGCGCUCCUCCUAAAAAUAAAAUCAGGACAGCCACGCAGCUAGCACUCAUAUGCCACUGGGAGUCGGCUUCGUGAAAGUUGAUCCUCGAGAGCGCCCCCGAGGCAAGAAGUCAAAGUCACCUCAGCGCGAUGACUCGCCACGUGGCUCAGAUUACAUGUCUGAGACAGGUUUUUUGCUGUUAUCAUAGGUUAUGUUUUCAAUUGUCCUUGUAGCAAGUAAAAAGUAAAUGUAGGGAACAAGAUAGAUAUUAAUAUUUAUUUAUCCUGUGCUGCGAGUCUGGUUUCUUCGAUCGUGAAUACGGCUGAAAUAUCAUUUACGGAUAUACAUAGAUUCAUCUAAUCGUAAUGUUGAUACGGGAUGUGCACGUGCACUUGUUCAAUAAGGUCUUCCUGCUUAUAUUGGGCACGGAAAAGCGAAAGUAUCGCGUGCGCCUGAUAACUACCUCGGAACGGGAUUUGAGUAUGCGGGCGAGGAGCUUCGGCGAGGAAAGCUGUCAGUAGACUUAUGGUAGGGAUGCGAUUUUUUGAUUGCAUUCUUUUUCUAGCUCUACGUCGCGAUUUACCUUCAUUCUUCUGCUUCUUCUUAAGUUUCAUCGACUUCCUUAAUCACUUGAUUAAUACUAAGUGGAGCGACAGAGUGCGACUCGGGUUUUUAUGCCCUAUCUAACUCUAUCGCGUGCGGAUGAUAUGCUGGGGCAGGAUUUGAGCCCCAAAAGCGCGGCCGAAAAAGAGUAUGGCCGGAAGAAAAUCCAAGCUGCGACUUCGAUCAGAGGAGCUAUCUAUCGUAAUAGACUUUCGUACUGCAAGAACAUGCUUAUUUUUGCACAGAAUACUUUGCUUUCACUAGAUAGUUGGAGAACUCUCAGCACAACGUUUUCGACCUCGCUGCCUUCGAGACGCCUCACAUUUUUGCAACAAACAGCUGACGCAGCAGAAGCAGACGGCAAUGAAUUACUCGGCGCUGCGAGACUUAUGGGAUCCUCGAGCUCAAGAGCAACGAGGUACUAAGUGCCUUGUCACAGGAGUUAAAAUUACAGGCGCUAGCAGCUACCUCUACCACUUGCACUUAUUUAUUUGAAGAACCAAUUACUAGGCAUCUCCGUAAAAUACCCUGCUAUAGGCCACACGUUUCGGACUCGCAUAUGUCGGACAUGACAUCUCAUCCGCCACAAAGCACAUUACACGGCAUGCAGCACUUUGACGAGCGGUCACAUGUGGGAGGUAUCAUUGAGGGGACGGAUGUUGAGUCGGAUAAAAAGCCGGUGGGGCGUAUCCAUGUUCUUCAACGCGACCAUGUGCGAGACGAGGUUUUUGCAGAAUACAACCCCGUGACGGGUUCCGAUAGUACAGGUACGGAUACCAGUACCUACUUCCUUCUAUUGAUUCUGACAGUUCGCUUUAUAUCCCCAGCUUGAUGGAGAAUCGGUUUCUUAUACUAGAAAUUCCAUCGUCGAUGGUCAGAAAAGAGAGAGCAAGAGAGAUCCCCAGUAGGCUCUGUAUGACUGCUAGGGAUGAGAGAGCGUCUCAGUCUCUGCAUAUGUCUGGUUGACGACGAGAGUUCAUUUAUAGCAUUCAACGGCUGUGGCUAACGCAAAAUUCAUAACGUUCUGUUCAGAGCGAAGAGGAAGUCGAAAUCAUUGAAGCUUAGCAUAGCUAGGCUUUCGUAAUUGAAAUUCUGAAUACUUUUCUGUUCUGGGAGAACCUGUGAUGCAUUGAUGUUCUAGCUGUCUUAAAUCGGUAACGAUCGAGAAAGCGCCAGUUCCUCUGUUUGAGCGGUUCUCAUGGUUUGGAGCCAACCGUAUCUCUUAAGUGUGCUGGCCCUGGACUUUCAGCUGUAUCCACGUUGAUGCUGAUAUUGAUGCGUAUCAUUACACAGGAUGGUUGCGCAUUUUGGUUUUAGUAGGAAAGUUCCCGUCGUUUCAUCUACAUCUUCCGUGUAGACAUCCCCUGGAAUGACAGAUUAAUUCUAUGCAAGUGAGUCACCUUGUGUAGCAGUUGUAGGCUUGUGUGUUUGUUUGGGCACUGAGUGAAUGUGCUCACUCUUGAUGUUUUGAAAUUUAUCUUUUUUUAUCCUCUAAUUGGUGUUGGUUAUCUUUAUCCCCCUUGACUUUUUGUCUUUGGAUUUCCUUUUCUGGUUCUUGUUUGUUCGGUUUUUUGGCUUCUUGUCGCGGGGCGGUGGAGGUUUGGAAAAUGGGGCUGAAUGCGAUGCAAGAUACUCCCGAAGAGCAGCGAAGCGAUCCGGCACUGGGGAAGGAGCGCCGGCCUGCGGGCGUCGGAAGACACAGUGCGCCACCGGAUCCGCAAUCUCUGAAGGUCGUUGGCGCGGAAAUAGAGGCCCGCCUGAGUGAGGGUCACCGGCACUCGGCCCGUCCCUCGCAGCGAACGUCGAUUCAACAAGAUUGCCCAGACGAGGCGCGAGGCGGCUACACCGUGGUGCGCAAGACUUACCAGGGCGUUUACGCCACUCCCGGCGAGCUGUGCGCAGCGGGGGCUGCUGGGGGUUUGUCCACCGAAGAUCGGGACUGCGUCCGAUGGGGGUACUCAGUACCAUGUGAAUUCAACUCUUAUGGCUACUCCGCAAUCCCUCGUGAACCCAAUUCUGAAGAUCCUGCGCGAACGGUGUUCACCGAGCAGGAGAUGAAGGAGCGAAUUUUAGUCGUUGUAGAACAGCAACAUCAGCUGAAGCUCUACGACGAAAAACAUUGGACUAACGCUCUAGUACAGAAAGCUGGCGGAAAGUGGUGCAUAUCAGGAGUCGACAAAGGCGGAAAAACAGUAUUCAAAUCUAGCCAGACUGUCAUCUAAAUGAUCAAAAAAGAGUUUAGAUUGAUUAGAAAGUUCAAAUUUGAUACGAGCCUGGACUGUAUAGUCUGACUUUUGUGCAAUCUGCGCGAAACAGAGAGGAUAGAAUGAAAAUAGUAUACUAUAGAACAACUUCGAUACUUAGAUAGGCGUUUUGUUUGACCUUUCUGAAACAGAUAUCUCGAGAAGGCGCUACUGCGGAAAUUAUUGCAGAGGCAAUGAAAGGCCUAGGACUCCAGGAACUGCGAGUUUUCGGUAUGCGACCAAGAAGAAGCGGAUCUCCGGUUAGUGAGCUGGCACGGAGAUCACACAACACUUGGAAUUCCUCCUGCAUCGAUCGAACUUUCGAGUAUUUUCGUCUACUUACUUGCAACUGUUACUGCAGCACUUUUUCUCAAACUCAUUACUCCCGCUAGUCAACGACUGAAGUUUUGCUAAGUGUUCGUGGUAGUCGUGACUUCCCUUACCUCUAAAAUUUUCGUUUUCUAGUCGUUGUCGACUAGAGUAUAUCUUUGACUACGUGAACAGUCAAGAUGCGCUCAAUUUUCUUUUACAAAGAAUAAUUUUCCAAAACCAUCUACUGCAGCGAGAAUUCCGGUGCUGGACCACACCGGUAUAUCUUAGAACGACCGUCCGUCAACGAUGGGACGCGAUUUGGAGUGCGUAACAAGUAUGAAAUCGAUGAGUAUGGGCUCACAGACGGCCGCGCCGGGCGGAGGCAUUUUGACCCAGUGAGCAGUUUCCAAGAGUCGGGCAUGACCAUAAGAGAGGACGCACCGACUACUACGCCGGAAACGCCGCAUCGCCCCGAAGCUGCGGGCCAUCAGCCACCAGUCUUCUUCGGAGGGUACAUGAUUUAACUUGGCAUUCUAAAUUUUAAUGGGAGAGACAACAGUUCUGCACUAUGAUGCUAGCUUUACUGGUAGUCUGAUUUCACUAGCAUGAAAUCUAUAUAGCUUAGAAGCAUACGCAUCGUUAAAAGAAAUUAUUGCAAGCUACUUGGUUAAUUUCUGUGUAAGCCUAGAUUGAGAUGUUAAAGUGUAAGACAAACAUUAGAGUGGACAAGCAGAGGACACUGAAAACAGCGAUCAGCGUGCGGGCGAGCGAGAAAUACGUUCGAAAAAAACGACGUCAUAUCCAUCGCCAAUCAGCUUCCGCAUUAGAUCCUCCUGCAUUCUUCACUUUCUCAAAUAAGACCAGCAUGCAUCAUUCUUGACAUCUUCAACAUCGUAACCACAUCCUAAAAAUCAGACGAUGGACGAGCUUCCACCCGACCAUAUCAGUCGGUGAUGAAGGAGUAAGGAGGAAAUUCAUCAAGGCACCACAUCACUACAUGAAGCCAGACUGGUGGUGGGAAGACCGCGACCGCAGAGUAAGCACGGGUCCGAACCCCAAGAACUACGAAAACCAGGAGCCGACUCCGCGUGCAAAAAAAUGAACAUCUUGACGCUCUACAUCUUCAACUACAACAUUCUCGACCGGAAGAGGAAACAAAAAGGUUAUAGCUGCAGAUGCUGGAACACAUUCUAAGCGGUUUUUGAAGAACAAAAGCAACAACUCUGAUGAAUACUUUUUGUGAAUAUUAAACAUUGUAGAAGUGCCGAUUGUACGCAUAAAACGCACUAAGUACCCAAACGAACGAUAUUGAUAGUAAAGUCAGUAAAUCAUUGGUCAUAAUUAUGUAUGAAUACUUUGAUGAUUGUCGUCGAUGGAUAGGCGGCCUUGUUGGGAAUUGGUUCGUUCUUGAAUGUCAAAUAAUUACUUGUUUGAGUGAAGAUACUAUGCUGUAAUUACAACUCCCGCUUUACUGGAUGCGGAAUCACUUUUGAUGUGUGAAAUCGAGGAACAAGGGAAGACUAGUGACAUAGAGGGUAGCUUAAGACUCUUCAAUGCUCUCUUCGGAUAGAUCGCUAAUAAAGAAAACAAAAACUCUGUAUGAGCUUCUCAUCCGGGUGAAUUUCUCCGGAUACAUUACUCCAAGCUCAAACUUUGCGUCUACCAAGAAACUCGUCACUGCCAUCCACCCACGAUCGCAAUGAAAAUCUAGGCUAGACCGAGCGGUGGCGAGGGGUCGACGCACGGUUGCCGCCCAGGGCGAAAGCUGGUUGGACUUAGGCACAACAGCAUCCAGUGCGACUACCGAUUUCAACACGAAAGGAAAGCGGCAUAUCGAUCCACAGACCGGACCAGCAGGCUGGCGUUAGUUAGUGGGAAGUUCUGGUGGCCAUGAGUCACCGCGACGCCGCCGCACACCUAGUAGGCUGCCAAUAUACUACUCAAGAUGUUAUUCGAGGUGUUGAUAAAGCUGGGUUCGAUGCUAGUAUUGGGAAUAUUAUCAUUGUUCGUCAUGAUUGGACAACUCCGUAAUUCGUCUGAUAAUCCUUGUUGAAGCAUAAUGUUUUCUGUGUACUAAGAGCAGAUGAUUGAUAUUGGACACGGCUCAUGUCAUAAAAAUGUCGCAAUUUGCGCAUUGAGACUUGGUUUAAGAGGACACGCAUCGACUUUGAACUUUUUCUUGAAAAGGCGCACGAGGACAACAUGGCAAUCAUGGAAAGCAUACCAUCAACUCGUCUAUGCAGGGACUCUCUAGAUAGUACGCAUACGCUGAAAAUCGCGUGAACAAAUGUUUGGACUUUCACCGCACGUUGUUCUUGGAAUUAAUGACAUUGUCAAGCUGCCGCAUAAAAGAAAACACAACAAGUACCUAUGUACUUCCGCUACUAUUUAGCACGUGCCAUGCAUGAUCAAUGGAGCAGGAAAUCCCUCAUCGAUUUGUGUGGGUUUCAAAGAGUCUGCGAACUAUUACACGUUACUCCAAG